AUGUCCAUUUUCUCUCUUGGCAUAGAUCAAAAACCUCCGCCCCAGAAUCACGAACUCGCGCAACAGUCUCCCCCUACUACUGCGAAUGACAGCGACACAUACGAAGAGCUCGCACCGCAACGUCCCACACAUCGCAAGGAUGAAGGAUUCCAGGUCAGUGACCGAGACUGCAUACUCGAGGCCAGCGAUCGGGACUGUACGCUCGAGGUCAACAACCAUCGGGUGCAGGAGAUACACAAGGAAGCUGUCGCAGAGGCUUCGGGAGAUACCGAAGCAAGCACAUUGGAGAAAGCGCACAGAAGCAAUAGAUCCCGAAACUGCUUCAGGGAGAAUGGCCGGAUUCAAGAAUCGCGGGUCUGCUGCGCGGUAGCUGUGGUAGUUGUGAUUAUUGUUAUAACUAUCCCCAGCAGUUGUAGCUACGAGGCAUUGAGAUUUGAAUCGAUAGCUCAGUCGGCUAUUAAGAGACGCAUGCAAUUGCUGCUCAAGCAUGUGCGGGAAGGUGGGAUGCUUGGAGCUCUGAUAACGAGGUAA